AUGACGUUCCUUAAUGGAACAUCAGCCAUUGAUAUUGAUUAUACUGAUAUCAUGGUUAAGUUACAAGAGGUUCAGGAUACUUGUAGUUUAAUUCCUGAUCGAUGCGGCCUCGGUCCUCCAAAUUAUAAUGCUGAAAAACAGUAUAAUGAAGCUAAUUCAUUUGAAGAAUUAAUGACAAUGGAUCAAACAACAUACAAUCACCCCGAUGAUAUAAUUCUUGCAGCAAAAAAUGCUCGACAAAGAUUAUACUUUGGAAUAUUUACCGAAAUCAACCUCCAAUAUUGCAUUAUUGAUAACAAAUUCUACUAUUGGAGAAAAGGAUCUACGAAUUAUCAUAUGUUACUGUUCGAUAAAAUAAUUACGGCCAUUUUUCUCCUGAAAGAACUGCUUUUAAUAGGCACAGAACACUCACUUUACAUUUAUAAGAUAGAUCUUAACCUAUGUUACGAUAAAUCAUAUCAAUUCUUACCAGAUGAAAAUGAAAUACCCGAGCCACCAAAAUACUAUAGCAAAAACAUCGGAUUUUACAUAUCUGCUCUUACUGCAUCAUCACUUGAUACCAUUUUCGCAGGUUCAGACAACGGAUCAGUUUAUUCAAUUAUUAUUGAUGAUCUUGGCAUUUAUUCACGAAUAUUUACAACAAAUCCGAUACCUGAUUGUAUUUUAGAGUUCACUUUGUCACUUUUUCCAAAAUUUUUACAAAUAAAUUAUCCAAUUUCGAAAAUUGUUUAUGAUGAAACUACGAAACUGUUAGCAUCAGUAGAUACGGCCUCGAACAUCAGAUUCUUUUAUGUCAAAGGCCAAAAAAACGCAAUAGAAUUUUUUGAUUUGUAUUCAAUCAAAAAAGAAAAGAUAAUUUCAAUAGUUCCUGUUCCACAAUCAGAUUCGAAAGUCAUCAGGUUCAUUGUCUUCUUUGAAUCAGGAAAAAGAAACUACAUUGGAGAGAUAUUUAAUCCGAUUUCGAAAAAAAAAUCAAUGGAAAUUGUUCAAAGUCGUCCUCCGCCACCAAAUUUCAGAGGUCCUGCAAUAGAAGCUGUUUCGCAACUCGGAAGAACAGUUAUUCUCACUAAAUCAAAGAUAUAUAUCAUUAAAUCCGAGGUUGAUCUCCAAAAUCCAUCAAAAAUAUGCGAAACAUGUUAUUGUGAAUUUAUUCCUUAUACAGGAUUAUCUAUUUCCACGAAAAUUCACAGUGUCAGGACAAUUUUAACUGAUACUUUUAGACAUAGUUCAUUUUGGCAGAAUAUACAUGAUCCGUGGGCUAUAAAUGUUGUUACGAGUAGUCUUUUGUUCACUGUUAAGUUUAAGUCUGCUUCUGAUGAUUUAUAUGAUUUGUUGGUGCAAAAUAAUGGAAAUUUCACCGACCAAUUAUCAAAAUAUUUCUUUGAACAUAAAUAUUUUUGUGAAGCUGGUCUAACAGCUGUUCAUCUGGCAACAAUAUACGGCUGGGAUAUCCAGAAAAUGGUUCUCUUCACUUUGGCUCAGGUGGCAAAAAAUUCUUUACAAAAAAUUGACAUUUUGCCAAAAAGUGACGUGUUUUCGAAAAGUGACAAUUUCGCAAAUUUCUUUAAUUCUUAUAAUUCUUAUGAUUUUGAAAAUUUUGACAAUUUUUCAAUACGUGACAGUUUACAAAAUGUCACUUUUAAGAAUUUGACAUUUGCAUCUAAUUGUUUUUUGUAUCAGUUGGGAUGUUACAUGGCAAUUCCAUGGAGUUAUCCUGUUUUCGAAUGGAAAGAUAUAAAUAAUGGAUACGAAAUAACAAAAGAACUUAAAGUAAAUGAUUAUUACAAAGCUAACUUCAAAAAAUCAAUUUACCAUAUGCAGACAAUGUCAGAUUUGAUGACAAGAUUUGUUUAUUUGUUGAGACAAGUCUGCAACGAAGAAGAACUCAUUUUGUUGAAUUCUGAUUUGAUUUUUUUGCAAAAAUUUACAGAAUUUUGCAAAUUUUUCGGUGAAACUUUUACUUUGUUAUCAAUCAUUUCAGAACAAAAAAGAGAUACUCUCAAACAAAUAUUAGAACAAAUAGAAGAUAAAUCAAUUCGCGAUAGAUUAACAAAAUUUCCAUUUUGUAGUUUAUCGUCUGGCAAAACCGUUUUUGAAUGUUUGAGAGAAUUUUGUUGGAAAAUGAUAAUGAAAAAUCCAAGACUUGGAAACAGAUUUAUAAGAGAAACUCCGAAUUAUUUCUCUGUUGAAGAUUUUAAGGUUUUGAUGUCAAUUUCGGAAUUGUUGACAAUAAAAGAUGAAAAUGAUGGAAAAAUCGAAAGAAUCGUUCAAAAUAUUCUCCAAAAUAUCAAUAGGAAAUUCGAUUUGAAACAUGUUUUCAAUAAUUUAAUGAGAUUGAAUAAAUUCAAUGAAGCGGUUACGGUUAUUUUACAAAAAGUGAUGGUUGUUGACAUUGACAAAGUUGCAUUAAAAUGGUAUAAAAAUGGAUGUAACAAAUAUGAUGAAAAUGGUCGAUCUAUGUUUGAUAAAGUUUAUUUUUGUUAUAAUUUAGUUUUGCAAAAAGUUGAUGAAAAUAACCUUAAACAGGUUUUAUCGUUCGAUGAUGAAUUAUUCCAUUAUUGUCUCUACAAAAAAUUGAUGUCGGAUCAAACUAUGUUCACUUCACUUUUGAUGAUUUCUACUCCAUUUCUUUUGAAUUUCUUGAAAACGCAAAAUUUGAAAAAAGAAAUUUGGAAAUUUUAUUUCAACAGAAAAGAAAUUCCAGAAUCAGUCUCAGAACUUCUUAAUUUAUUGAGUUCUAAUGUUCUAACUCUUACAGAAAGAGAAGAAUUAAUUGAAAAAGGUCUUUUAAUUUGCCAAAGUUUUAAUUUGACAAAUUAUUUGAAUGAGUUUGAAAAAUUGAAUUUGAUUGAAAAAGUGACGAAAAUUUAUCGUCAACGGACACGUUUUAUUAUUCAAGAAAGAAAUAUGCAGCAUAUACUUGAAUUAGUAACGAAAAGGAAGUUUUGGGACUUGUGUUUAAUGUUGAUUAAUGAUUAUCCUGUUGAAAACAAAAACAAGGUUUUAAGUCAAGUUUGGACGAAUUUUUUGAUAGAAAAAAAAUUGCCGCAAACAGAAAUCGAAACGAAAGUUGUCGAGUUUUGCAAGGAUUUAGGUACAAAAGGAGAUAUAUUCAAUGUUGAAAUUGUUUUACCUGUUUUUGAAGAAUAUAAAAUGAAUAGAAAAUUUGAUGUUUUGUGGGCUACAAAUUUGAUGAUAGAAAGUGGUUUUGACAGUAAGGAAAUGUUCAAAAUUUAUAUGAAACUGCUUGAGAACAGAAACAUUUCUAUGCAGAUAAGAUCUAAUUUCACUUAUUCUGCAUUAAAAGUUGCAAAAAUAACGAAAAUUUCAACAGAAAAUGAUAAAAAUAAGUUGAGAAAGUACUUAUCAGAAUCUACAACAACAGCACCUUAUUAUAAUGAUUGUUUAAAUAUACUAAAUUGUUUGUAA